AUGAAUUCUGGAGUUGCUAUGAAAUAUGGAAAUGACUCCCCUGCAGAGCUGAGUGAGCUUCAUUUAGCAGCCCUGGCUUCGUUAAAGGGAGACAUAGUGGAGCUUAAUAAACGUCUACAACAAACAGAAAGGGAGCGUGACCUGUUGGAAAAGAAAUUGGCAAAAGCGCAGUGUGAACAGUCCCACCUAAUGAGAGAGCAUGAAGAUGUGCAGGAGCGAACAACACUACGCUAUGAGGAACGAAUCACAGAGCUGCACAGUAUCAUUGCUGAAUUAAAUAAGAAAAUUGAUCGACUACAGGGAACAACAAUAAGGGAGGAAGAUGAGUAUUCGGAACUGCGGUCAGAGCUCAGCCAAAGCCAGCAUGAGGUUAAUGAAGACUCACGCAGUAUGGAUCAGAACUCUGUUUCAGUACCAGAGAAUCAGUCCACCAUGGUCACUGCAGACGUGGAUAACUGUAGUGACUUGAAUUCAGAACUGCAAAGAGUGCUGACAGGUCUGGAAAAUGUUGUCUGUGGGAGGAAGAAAAGCAGCUGCAGUUUGUCAGUAGCAGAAGUGGAUAGACAUAUUGAACAACUCACUACUGCAAGCGAACAUUGUGAUUUAGCCAUUAAGACCGUAGAAGAGAUUGAGGGUGUACUGGGACGUGACCUUUAUCCAAAUCUGUCUGAAGAGAGAUCUCGAUGGGAAAAGGAGCUGGCUGGCUUGCGGGAAGAGAACGAGAGUCUCACGGCCAUGCUGUGUAGCAAAGAGGAGGAGCUGAACAGGACCAAGGCCACCAUGAACGCUAUUCGUGAAGAAAGGGACAGACUGCGUAGAAGGGUUCGGGAACUGCAAACACGUUUGCAAAGCGUGCAGGCAACAGGCCCAUCCAGCCCAAGUCGUCUCACUUCUGCCAAUCGACCCAUUAACCCCAGCACGGGAGAGCUGAGCACAAGCAGCAGUAGCAAUGACAUUCCCAUCGCCAAGAUUGCUGAAAGAGUGAAGUUGUCAAAGACAAGAUCAGAGUCUUCAUCAUCUGAUAGACCUGUCUUAGGAUCAGAAAUCAGCAGUAUAGGGGUGUCUAGUACUGUGGCUGAACAUUUGGCACAUUCCCUCCAAGACUGCUCAAACAUCCAGGAAAUCUUCCAGACUCUUUAUUCACAUGGAUCUGCUAUCUCUGAAAGUAAAAUCCGAGAGUUUGAAGUGGAGACAGAGAGAUUAAAUAGCCGUAUUGAGCACCUGAAAUCCCAGAAUGACUUGUUGACGAUAACACUGGAAGAGUGCAAGAGCAAUGCUGAGAGGAUGAGCAUGCUUGUUGGGAAGUACGAGUCCAAUGCCACAGCCCUCAGGCUUGCACUUCAGUACAGUGAACAAUGCAUAGAAGCCUAUGAGUUGCUGUUGGCAUUGGCAGAAAGUGAGCAGAGUCUCAUUCUUGGGCAGUUCAGAGCUGCAGGUGUUGGUUCUGUUGGGGACCAGACAGGUGAUGAAAACAUCACCCAGAUGCUUAAGAGAGCUCACGACUGCAGGAAGACAGCUGAGAAUGCAGCAAAAGCCUUACUGAUGAAACUAGAUGGGAGCUGCGGGGGAGCCUAUGCUGUCACUGGCUGUAGCGUGCAGCCCUGGGAAAGCCUGUCAUCCAACAGCCACACAAGUACUACCAGCUCAACUGCAAGCAGUUGUGAUACAGAAUUUACAAAGGAGGAUGAGCAGCGGCUGAAGGAUUACAUCCAGCAGUUGAAAAAUGACAGGGCAGCAGUGAAACUGACAAUGCUGGAGCUGGAAAGCAUCCACAUUGAUCCCCUUAGUUAUGACGUUAAACCUCGUGGAGACAGCCAGAGGCUAGACCUGGAAAAUGCAGUCUUGAUGCAGGAACUUAUGGCAAUGAAGGAGGAGAUGGCAGAGCUCAAGGCACAGCUUUACCUGCUAGAGAAGGAGAAGAAGGCAUUGGAAUUGAAACUGAGCACUCGAGAGGCGCAGGAGCAGGCCUACCUUGUCCAUAUUGAGCACUUGAAGUCUGAAGUGGAAGAGCAAAAAGAGCAGAGAAUGAGGUCUCUCAGCUCAACCAGCAGCGGAAGCAAAGACAAAUUGGGCAAGGAAUGCAGUGAUGGCACCGCAACACCGUUAACACUAGCUGAGCUGAGACCGUACAACGAGAGUGAACUGACUGCUGAACUGACAAACGCACUGCGGCGGGAGAAGAAACUGAAAGCUAGAGUGCAGGAGUUAGUGAGUGCUUUGGAGAGACUCACGAAGAGCAGUGAAAUCAGACAUCAGCAGUCUGCAGAAUUUGUUAAUGACCUUAAAAGGGCAAACAGCAACUUGGUAGCAGCUUAUGAAAAGGCAAAGAAAAAGCAUCAAAAUAAGCUGAAGAAACUGGAAUCACAAAUGAUGGCCAUGGUGGAGAGACAUGAAACACAAGUAAGGAUGCUCAAACAAAGAAUAGCUUUACUAGAAGAAGAGAACUCCAGACCACACACCAAUGAAACUUCACUUUAAAUGCAUCUCUUUCAAAGAUGCUUAGUGCCAUUACAAAUGUCUUUCUUUCGGAGGCUGACUUUUAGGUAGCUUCAAACGCUAAAAGCUCUGAUUGUCAACACUGACACACUUAAGAACCUUCUCUGGGAUCCCAGAGAGGUGCCAUGGGGAUAAUAUAAGUGUUAACCUUAAGGACUGUUUCAUAAUGUAAAAUGGCAGUGCCUGAAUUAUCAUGCUAUAAUUAUGUACAUUGUCUGUGUCAUUAUGUCUAUAUUCAUACAGCUUCUCUUCCAUUUUAUGUACGUCUCAUGGGUGACAGUGUCACAUAGCA